UUUGACUGCUGGUCACCGGACUAACCCAAGCUGACUAAUCGCGACUGUUGGCAUCGCUCACUUUCCUUCUCCGCCGAGGUGCGUACAGAGUUCGUCCCGAAUAAUCCGAAUAAUCACAAGAUAAAAAUAUGCCGCGAGAGAUAAAAGAAAUUAAGGACUUUCUGCUGAAGGCCAGGAGAAAAGACGCAAAGUCCGUCAAAAUAAAGAAGAAUGCCGAUAAUGUCAAGUUCAAGGUUCGCUGCUCCCGAUUUUUGUACACCCUCGUGAUCACGGACAAGGAGAAGGCUGAAAAGCUCAAGCAAUCCUUACCACCAGGUUUGCAAGUGAAGGAAGUAAAGAGGAGUGAACGUGUGUAAAAUGACUAAAUAAACUACCUUCUUAAACACAA